AUGUCCGAGGACGUCAUAGUCAACGAGGAGAAGAUUCGCGAAGCAGUGGAAUACAUCAAAAAUCUCCAAGAGAAACCUGACAUUUACCAAAUUGCCCGAGAUUACGAUGUCCCAGCACACAUUCUCAGAGCCCGAUACCUCGGCCGCAAGACUCAACGCCGGCCACAUCCAAACUCAUGUGCCUUAUCACAAUCUCAAGAAAAGGCUUUGACGGAUUGGUACCUGAUGGCUAUUAAAUCAAACCAUCGUCCUACUCCAAUGAUGAUUACGCGAUCCGCAAAUAAACUACUCGAAAAGAGCACACCCGCGGGCACGGAGCCUCGAAAGGUGGGGAAAAACUGGGCCUGGAAAUUCUCAAAACGUGUUGCCGACGAACACGGUCUAAACUUGGCAGAUAUAGCGCCUACUACUAAAGAACCUCCUGUUGGUAUUGACGAGGAAGAAUCACGGCCGGAUCCUCACGAGGCUUUCCGAGAGAAGCUAGACCAAAUGGCAGAUCUUAUUCAAGACCACUUUGCUCAACAAACGGAGCUUCUAUCUGAGAUUAUGGCUGACUAUGAGGUCCUUCUACAAGCUAAGAAGAAGGAGGACUCCACAGCUAGAGAAUAA